UUCACGCCAUUUUUAAUUUACAAAAAUUUGACAAAAGGAAAGUUUUAUUGCGUCCUUCUUUCCGAAAGAAAAAAAAGAAAAAAUUUAAUUAUACUUCUAUUUAAUUAAUUUUUAAUAGAAUUAUAAUUACAAUUUAUUUUUAUUUAAAAAACAUAACAGUUGAAAAAAAUAAAAAAAAAAACCUUUUUGUUUACUACGACGUAUCGCAUCGCAAAUAAACUACAAAAAAAACCCUCUAAGAAAGUCGACCUUAAACAAAAUGAGCGGAAAAGUUCUAUUCGCUUGUUCUAAAUGUUUCUCAAGGCAUCCGUUCGAGGAACUAUCUUCUGGCCAACAACUUUGCAAGAACUGCCGCACAUCUUCUACAUCGGUUGCUAAGUGUACUUAUUGUCGUUCCGAACAUCAGCCAACAAGCAAAUCGAGUGUGUGCAAAAAAUGCGAACAAAGUCUCAAGCAAUAUGGCAAACCGAAUGCUUGCGAAUGUUGCAACAUUGUCGCAGCUUUUGGUAGUUCUAAAUGUCAAAGGUGUACAAGCUACGAAGCAAAAUUUGGUCAACCGGUAACCUGCGAUUGGUGUAAACAGCGAUCGGCAUUCGAUAAAAAUGAUGAGAAUAAAAAGGUCAAUGGCAAGCUUCUUUGUUGGUUGUGUACAUGCUCGUAUAAGCGUGCAUUAGCGAAGGCAAAUCAGGAUGGUCGGAUGACAAAGAAACGACCCCAGCAACACAAGGAUAGCUCGAAAAAGUCAAAGCAGUCUCGUUCGGAAAUGUCAAAGAACUCGACUAGUCUAGAGAUGCCAGAUAAGAGUUCGAGGCAGAAUUCCUCAUCGGCUAGUGGUGGUGGUAAUGGCAAUGGUGGCGGAAACAACGGCGGUGGAAAUGGCGGCAGGGAAUCUAUGCCAAAUGUUCCCAUUGUGGCGCCAGCUGUUGUAUCUAUUGAUCCAAAUAGCUCGGAUCAUGUUGUUGCUAUGACUGAAUUGAAAGAGCGAAUUGCCAGUCUCGAAAGGAAACUCGUUAUGAAAGACAAAGAUUUGCUGGAAAAAGAUAAACAGCUCACCGAGCUAAAAGGAAUUAACUUUGAAAAGGAAAACGAAAUGCGCAACAAGCUGAAGGAAAACGAUAGAAUACACGAAAUGAAAGUCGACCAACUGAACCACAGAAUAGCUAAUCUUCUCAAAGAAGUAGCUACACUCAAAAGAGGCAGCAAGAAAAAUGGCACUUCCGGAGGCGGUAAGGACAAGGAAUCUGCAUCUGGAAAAGACAGCGGAGGUUCUGGCACAGAAAGCCCAAUUACAAAUUAGAUUAAUUUCUGUUCUUGCUGGGGGGAAAUGAACAUUUUAAAAAAUGUUCUUAUUUAUCGAACAACAAAAACUUUCUUGCUAUAACUAAAUCUAUAUUGAAAAACAAAAAUAAUAAUUGAAAAUAAAAUCCAAGUUGUCUAAAAUGAAAGAGAGAAACUAUCGCGGCGGAUGAUACUUCCGACUUUUCGAUAUGUUUAUCGUUUUUAGUGAACAGCUCUGUAGCGUAAUAGUAACUUUUUAUUUAAUUCUUUUUUUUUAUUUACCCAUUGUAAAUAAAUACUAUUUGACAAAAAUAAUUACGUACACAAA